AUCAUCAACAUCAAUUAAAAAUCCGAAGCCGCGCUCAGCUCCUGGCCAGCAGAUACUGAUUUCAUCUCAUCUCUCCAUCGUUGGUUUCAUUCCGGAGUCCGAAAGCUUGGCCUCGGUGUCAUUCCGGAAGAUGUUGGUCGCAGAUGGUUCGUAGAACAUCGUGAGCAUUCCCAACCAGGCAGCUGCUAAGCUUUUGUUAUCCACAAAAGACAUCGAAACAGUUCCCUUCUUUGGGUUUGGGAAGGAGUGACAAUGGUGGUCUUGGCUUCUCUGCAGUCAAUGCCCACUGCAUGCCCUCAUAAGACAUCAUCAUCAUCAAUAUCAUCUUCCAAGUUACUGAGUAGGAGCUUCCUUACAAGGCGUUUUGCAGCCUCAUUCAUUGGUCCAUCGAUUGUGGGUACGUUUCUUUCUUUCUUCCCCAAUUCAACACCACCUUCAGUUCAUUCUGCAGUUGCCCAGCAACUAUUUGAUGAAUUUCAGCAAGAAGAAGAUCGUGCUGUUCGCCUCUUCGAGGAAUCUUCACCAUCAGUUGUUUUCAUUGAAGACAUCGAAAUAGCCAAAAGUCCCAAGAGCUCUAGUGAAUUUGUACUUAAUGAUGAAGAAAAUGCAAAAGUUGAAGGGACAGGUUCAGGCUUCAUUUGGGAUAAGUUUGGUCACAUUGUUACUAAUUAUCAUGUCAUCGCAAAAUUGGCGACAGAUAGAAGUGGAUUACAACGUUGUAAGGUAUUUGUAGUAGAUGCAAGCAGAAACAGUUUUUCCAGGGAAGGCAAGCUUAUCGGUUUUGAUCCAGCGUAUGAUCUGGCUGUUCUGAAGAUUGAUGUUGAAGGGGAUGAAUUAAAGCCAGUUAUUCUUGGCACUUCUCAUGAUAUACGUGUAGGUCAGAGCUGCUUUGCCAUUGGAAACCCUUACGGUUUUGAAAACACUUUAACAACUGGGGUGGUCAGUGGAUUAGGUAGGGAAAUACCCUCACCAAAUGGAAGAGCCAUUCGAGGAGCUAUACAAACAGAUGCUGCAAUUAAUGCUGGAAAUUCAGGUGGCCCAUUGAUUGAUUCAUAUGGUCAUGUUAUUGGAGUUAAUACAGCCACCUUUACUCGCAAAGGUACUGGAGCAUCCUCUGGUGUCAACUUUGCAAUACCAAUAGACACAGUUGUGCGGACAGUACCUUACUUGAUUGUGUAUGGAACCCCCUACAGUGACAGCUCUGUAUUUCCCUUUUUCCUGCUUGGGACAGUCAUCUUCGGUGCACUGGUUAUAGUAAUGAGAUAUCCAAAGCAUUUUUUCUUUUUUCCUUAUUUGAUCUUCGAAAAAAGAUUCUGAAUUUUCCUGUCACUGUUUGAAUCCAUCAUUUUAGUGCUUGCAAAGUUUUUUUUGUUUGUUUGUAGCUAAGCUAGUGCCAAACAAUGUGUAGAGAUGCAGUAAUUUGAUGUAUAAAAUAGUGUUUAUUUAGUUUAGUUGAAUUACUUAAAUGCGCUAAAUAUAUGCAAUUUAAA